AUGCACUUGUUCAACCUCCUCGCCACGAUCACAAUCACCUUCCUCGGAGUGCAAACCGCAAUCGCCGUCUCAAACCCCAUGGAGCAGACUGAGCAGACCCCGCAAAUAGAGCUUGACAACCAAGCCAAGCAAGAGCUGCAAGAACUACUAAAGCAGGAUUUCCAAGGCGAGCGCUGCGUACGGGCAUGCUAUUCUCAAAAGCCAAUCUGCAACGGUGCUGGAGCGUUUGUGCCACCAACUACUAUUAAGGCACAUUUUUCCCUUGAUGUCAGCGAGGCGGCGAAAGUCCAACGUUACUAA